AUGGAGUCGACUGCUUCGGCACCCUCGAUCUACAAGGCGAAGAAGCAGCGUUGGAUCACGCCGACGAUGGUCCUCGUAGGAUUCAUCCCAAUAUUCACAUUUGCGCUGGGAACGUGGCAGGUGCAACGGCUCAAGUGGAAGGUAGCCUUGAUCGACGAACUGGAGGAGAAACUGCAGAGGGAGCCCAUGACCUUGCCUAAGCGAAUAAAUGCUGUCCCCGAUUUCGCGUUCCGCAAGGUCACAUUGAAGGGCCAUUGGGACGUCGACCACGCCGUGUUAUUAGGCCCUCGAGUUCGUAACGGGACCAAUGGCUAUCACUUGGUAGUGCCAUUGGUACGUGAGAACGGCUCUACCGUGCUGGUAGAUCGCGGGUUCGUGUCGAAGGAGCUGGCGGAUUCCUGCAAGAGACACCUGGAGAGCGGUGACGUCGAGAUCCUCGGCAUGUUGAGGACGACACAUAAGCGGAACGCAUUCACACCCGACAAUCAUCCCGAGAAGGGUGAGUGGUAUUGGGCUGAUGUGGAUGCAAUGGCAGAGUACGCUGGCGGAGAGAGAGCCGGCGUGCAGCCGGUGUUAGUGGAGGAGAUCUUCGAGAUAUCAUCACGCCUCAAACGUGGCGUACCUGUUGGGAGAGCUCCAGUUGUGGAUGUGAGGAACUCUCAUGCCUCAUAUGUCGCUACCUGGUAUGCGCUCUCUGCGUUCACGAGCGUAAUGUUCGUUCGACUAUUGAUGAAGCAGCGACAAGCGAGGAUGCGUAUUCCUCGUUGA